AUGGCAUCAGCCAGAGAUCCAGGGGCAGGCCAGGAGCAGAGGGAUGCAGCUGACCAAAACUUUGACUACAUGUUCAAGCUGCUGAUUAUCGGCAACAGCAGCGUGGGAAAGACCUCUUUCUUGUUCCGCUAUGCAGAUGACUCCUUCACUUCAGCAUUCGUCAGCACAGUGGGCAUUGACUUCAAAGUCAAGACAAUCUACAGGAACGACAAGCGAGUCAAGCUACAGAUCUGGGACACAGCAGGUCAGGAACGCUACCGGACCAUCACCACAGCUUACUACAGAGGAGCCAUGGGAUUCCUUCUCAUGUAUGACAUCACAAGCCAGGACUCAUUCAAUGCUGUACAGGACUGGGCAACCCAGAUCAAGACGUACUCAUGGGAUAAUGCCCAGGUGGUGCUAGUAGGAAAUAAGCUGGACUUGGAGGAAGAAAGGCAGGUCCCUGCUGAGAAUUCCCAAAGACUGGCUACAGAGCUAGGCUUCCAAUUCUUCGAGGCCAGUGCCAAAGACAAUAUCAACGUGAAGCAGGUCUUUGACAAGCUGGUGGAUGUCAUCUGUGAGAAGAUGAAUGAGACGGUCAAUGGUGAUGUCAAUCCAUCAGCCAAUCACAAGGGAGCUGGCCUGAAGGACACGGCCCGCAACAGCCAGGGUGGCUGCGCAUGCUGA